AUGGAGACUGAGACGUUGAGAACAAUAGAAGUCUCUACGAUGGUAUCAAAUCGACCUAAAAUUGUAGGGGUUACGAACACAGUCUUAAUCUACCAAGAAGAAGAAAUUGAAGAAUUGAUUGAAUACGAAAGUGGAAUUGUAGCAAAUUUAGGAUGGUACACAUCUCCACUUGAAACAAAUGCUCACAUCCUCUUGAAUCCUCGUCGUCUCACGCGACGUGUUCUCACUCAACUCCUUGAUGAUCAAUUUUUAGGUCAAAAAAUCGCUCAUGAUGUUAAGGAUUCAUUUGCUAAUGAUAACUCUCUUCGACAACCUGUUACCGUAACCGUCUAUGUGACAUAUAUCAAAGAGAGGCGUGUAAUUUUUCCUCAUGGUCCGUCGUUGUUGUCGAGAGGUGCUUCCGGAGAAGUGUUUCAUAGAUUGGUUGAAGAACAGAGAGUUGAAUCUGCUGAUUUGGAAGAAGAAGAUGAGACAUGUUCGAUUUGUAUUGAGAAGUUUUCGGAGAGUCAUGAAGACAUCAUUCGGGUGCCUGAUUGUUUACAUUUGUUUCACCAAGGUUGUCUAUUCGAGUGGCUUGGUCUUCAAAACUCGUGUCCCUUGUGUCGCAAAGUUCCAUACGAGGAGGAGGACGAGGACGAGGACGAGGAGGGUUAG